AUGUGUGAUGGAGGCAAAUGGUACCGACAUGGGAAAGACAGUGGAGGCUCCAAGUUAGGUGGAGACACACCAACAGAAAGACAUCUGCAGGAACAGCAUGAAGGCAAAGACCAGCAGCUUGGUCAAGAAAGUGGAGGCUUCAAGUUACACAGAGAGGUGAAACACCUGGUGUCCGCAUGGGAACAGCAUGCACUCAUAAAGCAGCAGCAACACAGAGGCACAGAACAGCAUCAUGAGCAGGACAGUGGACACUUUAGGUCAGGUGGUGGCAAACUGACAGAAGAACAUCACAGGGUACCGCCAAGGGAACAUUUACACACACAGCAACAGCUCGGGCAGGAUAAAGGAGGCUCCAAGGCUCACAGAUCAACAGAAGUACACUACCAGGAAGACGAAUCAAGUCUCCAGUUAACAGGAGAUUGUUUCCAUAGGCUUGGCCUUGAAGAUAAACAUAAUAACCAACUUACAAGGACAAACUUUCUUGAACUGUCCCCAUCCUCAGUACACAGUCAGGAGCCGAGUAACGAAAAGGAACUGGUUCACACUUUUAUGCAACGGCUUUUGACAGUAGACUACAAAGCAAGACACAUCAUUAAUGCUGAACCUACAAUUCCAAAGAUUCAGCACACUGGAGGAGAUGUCUAUCAUGCUCUGUUUAAAAAGAAGACUGUGAACAGAGAACGAAAGCAGGACCCUAUUCACCCAAUGGAUGUUCAGAUGGCAGUUUUUCUCUGUGCAGAUCAUUUCCUUCGCCAGACCAUAGUGACUAAACUGCAGGAGUGUCAGUAUGCACUUCCACUACUGGUUCCCAAUCCCUUCACUGGAAAAAUUGAGUUUCCUCUGUGGACAAUGCGCCAAAUCAGCAAGAGCUGGAAGAGGACUGAUCCUUCACACCAAGUCACCAGCAGAACCAUGCCCAUGUACAAAGCUGAAACUCCAAUGGUGGCAUUCUUCAGGUUUGGCUCUGUGUCCUCAUCCAAGUCUCAACUGAUGAAUAGUCUGAUCAAUGAAAGGCACAACACGUUCUUCCACAGACACUGCCCAGGUAGCAGCAGAAACCGUCUACUGAUGGAUGGAGUGGUAGAGAUCACCUGGUACCUCCCAUCUGGGAAGAGCACUGAUCAUUUCCCUGACUGUGUAGCAUUCUGUAAUCUCCAUGGUGAUUCUAGCACCAAUGCGACUCAAAGAAAGAUUGUAACUGAAAUAGCCUCUACAAAUGUUGUAUUUCUGCCUAAACUUGAUGAGAAUGACAACAAUAUGGCAAUUGUGCAGGAGCUCUACAACUCCCCAAAACCCCUAAUUGUCAUUCUUACUGAUGAAGAGGAUGAUGAUGAAGAUGCUGUGUGUGAGAUAGGAAAAGGAAAAUACAGGAUGGGUCUGAGGGGUAGAAAUCAUUGUGAUGUGUCUGAUGCUCUCAGAAGUGUGAUCAAGAACUGUCUCUUACGAACAUCCAAGACUUUCAGGCUUGAGAACAUGACAAGAUUCUCAGAGCUCAGUUUGGAUGAACACAAUCAGGACUGUCAAAGAGGAAAGGAAGCAGCAAAAAUGAUAAUGGGAUUCCUGGAAAGAAAAGAUCCAACAACAGUCAAAGAAACAUAUCUGCCCUAUCAAGGAAAACUGUGGCAUGCCUGGUGCCAAAAGAACAAAGACCUACGGCGGCUUCAAAGUAUCAACAUCGAAAUAGAGAAUAGCAGAAUUCAAAAUGAAAUGAUAGAAAUAAGAUGUAAACAGCAGGCACAUGAAUUCAGUAAACCCAUGCAGGGAUUUGUUGGAAAUUUAGACUCUCUGUCUGUUAAUGAGAAAAUGUAUUUCCUCAAGUGGAUUAGGAUCUUAUUGGAUGAGUUCACAUCAAACAAAAUCUCUGACAUCCAUCAAGAGUAUGACAAAAAAUGGGCAGAAGUGUUGGCUUUGAAAAAAGAUAAACUGAAGGUAGAGCAGUCAAACCUAGAAAACAUCUCAAACAAACUUAAUGCUACCACCUUUGGUUUAGAGCACAUGCUCAGAGAGAUGGGACAGAUUUAUGAAGCAUCAAUCUCUGAGAAUAGAGGCAUGAUAAGGAAAAUAAUUCAAGACUUUACUCACCUGCCUAGACUUGCUGCUGAACUCAUGAGAUCUGGGAUUCCAAUGGAGCUGAUGGAUGGUGAUGCUGGUCACGUUCCUCUGAUCUGGGUUUCAGCAGUUCUAGAUGAACUCAUCAAGAUUCUGGGAGAUCAGAGAGUCUUUGUGCUGUCAGUCUUGGGGAUCCAGAGCUCUGGGAAAUCCACCAUGCUGAAUGCCAUGUUUGGACUCCAGUUUGCAGUCAGUGCAGGCAGGUGCACCAGAGGAGCCUUCAUGCAGAUGGUCAAAGUGUCAGAGGAGAUGAAGACAAAGCUGAAGUUUGACUAUAUUCUAGUUGUUGACACUGAAGGCCUGAGAGCAUUAGAACUUGCUGGAAGAGCAACCAUACAUCAUGACAAUGAACUGGCUACAUUUGUAGUGGGUCUUGGAAAUAUGACCUUGAUGAAUAUCUUUGGAGAGAACCCUGCUGAGAUGCAGGACAUCCUUCAAAUUGUAGUUCAUGCCUUCAUGAGGAUGAAGAAGGUCAGACUGAAUUCCAGGUGUAUAUUUGUGCAUCAGAAUGUGUCUGAUGUGGCAGCUAGAGAGAAAAUCAUGGAGGGAAGAAGACGUUUGCAGGAAACACUUGAUAAAAUGACCCGGUUAUCAGCCAAAGAAGAAAUGUAUGAUGCAGAAUGUUUCAGUGAUGUCAUAGCAUUUGAUGUACAGAAGGAUGUGAAGUACUUUGCACAGCUCUGGGAGGGCAGCCCACCCAUGGCUCCACCAAACCCAUGCUACAGCGAAAAUGUUCGUGAGCUAAAGAAAGACAUUCUUUCUUACGCAUCACAUACACAUGGCAUAAAAUUAUCACAAUUUCGAACACGAGUGAAAGACCUAUGGAAUGCAUUGCUUAAUGAGAAUUUUGUCUUUAGUUUCAAGAAUGCCCAGGAGAUAUCAGUGUACAGGAAACUGGAGGAGGAGUAUGAGAAAUGGACCUGGACUCUUAGGAGUGCCAUGUUGAGUAUUGAAGACAAAAUGUUUAACAGAGUGGCAUGUGGCACAGUGGAAACAAUUGACAGAGAAGAGCUCAAGAAUCAAAUUGCAGCGACCAUGGAAAAUGUCCAGAAAUCAUUUAAACUGUAUUUUGAAGAAGAUGAUGACAAGGAAACAUUGAUUCAGUGGAAGUCCAAAUUUGACAAACAAAUUCAACAUCUCCAUGAAGACCUUAUAAAUGAAGCAAAAAGAAAACUGGAAGACAACAUCAAGCAAACAAGUAUUCGUAAAAAACUGGACCAGCAGAUAGCAGACAAAGAGAAGAUUCUCUUUGAAAAGUGCAAAGAACUUGCUUUGAAGCUUAAAGAAAAUGGGAACAGUAACAAUGAUUCAGAAGCAGAAUUUGAAAAAAUGUGGGGAAAGUGGGUCUCUGAAUUACAUGAACAAGCCCCCAAAAUAAAAGAUAUGGACAUGUUGGAGGAUGUGGUUAACAUUCUGGGAGAGAUUCACGAAAGUGCCCUGGUCCAUGAGCGAAAAAAAUAUUCUGAUUACAAAAAUAUUUGCAGUGUUGUUGAUUACAAUAAGUAUGUCCUCUUGAAAAAGAGAAAUCUUUGGGAAAGAUCUCUUAAACCAGGAGAUCAAAAAUUAAUACAAGAUCUUAUUUUGAAAGUCACUGAAGAAGUAAAAAUAAAGGUGAAUUCAUUUCCAUUCGCAGUCCAGGGAUACAAUCCAAGUUAUAUCCAAGACAUUGCACGUGAUAUCAAAAAACAAGUGCAAAACUUUGACUCAAGUCAUCAAUCUUUUGAUUUGAAGAAAGAGUUUGUGAUUGAUCUUUCACUUUUUGUGUUUGAGGAUGCAAAACAUCUAAUUACAGAGCUGCAUGGGAAAUUCAAGGAAGCAAAUGAUCCCUUUUUAUACUUGGACCAAAAACAGAUUGAGUAUUUCAAAGUCUUUGAGAAAUACUGGCAGGGAGCAACAUCAGCAGCUGUGCUUGGAGAACAAAUCUGCCAUAAACUAAAACAACCAAUCAAGCAGAGCGUCUACAAUAUGAUGGCAACAUAUGUGUGUGGACAAAUGAGAGGGAAGCCUCCAUUUAAUGGGAACAGAGCUGAUCUGGAAAAAUACAUUCUGAGGUCCCUGGCAGAGCAGAAGGGAGACAAGAAUGAGAAGUUUAAGAAGUACUUAAAAUACAUGUUCCACCCGAGGUCCCACUUUGAAAUUUUUAUCCAAGAAAGUGUGGAAAAGUAUAUGAGAACAGAAAACCUUCAGGCAGUUUCUGUAAUAAAAGAGUAUCUGGAGGAGAAAGAGAGAAAUGUCAUAAGUGCAGCUAAAAUGGCAACACAUUCAAUGAUCUAUAUGAAUGUCAAAUCAAAUGCAGAUACAUGGCUGAAAUAUUUUUCCAACAACCUGGUAGAUGAAUUGGGAAACACCAAUAUUCACACUAGAGUUCUCAUGAGUACUGAUAUAACUGACUAUGACCUUCUUGUGGAAGUAAUACAGAAAGAACUGUCAAAGGUUGUCGAAGAGCUAAAAUGUAGCCUCAGUAAGCUUUCAUCCUUCAGACCGGAUACAUCCAGAGAAAGGCCAGAUGAGAUUCUGAUAAAGCACUUCUGCAGGUGCUGCUGGGAACAGUGUCCUUUCUGUGGAGCUGUCUGCACCAACAGUCAACAAGACCACACUGGAGAUCACAAUGCCGACUUCCAUCGCUCAUUGGGAAUGAAUGGACAGCAUUACAAGGAUUCAGCAGAAUUUUGCAUAGACUUUUGCACAACACUAGUAGCAAGUAACAAAUUGUUUUGGCCAUCGAGUGACCCUGAGAGUACAUUUCCUUACAAAGAGUACAGGCGGGCAGGAGGAACAUUUGCUAAGUGGGGCAUCUCUACUGAUUUUUCCGAGCUGGCAUACUGGAAGUGGUUUAUUUGUGAAUUCCAAGAAAACCUUGAAAAGCAUCACAACAAAACCUUCUAUGAUAGGGGGAAGAUUCCUGAUGAAUGGAAAUAUUAUAAUCAGAUAGAUGCUGUUGCAAGCUUAGACAUAGGACAUUGGUAA